AUGAAACCGCCGAUUGCCAACGUCAAUGUUUGUCUUCUUCCGCGUGAUCACCACGGAUAUACCUGGCUGCAAAGGGUGCCAUGUGAGGCAUCCAGCAAGGGGUCCAACGCACCAAACCAGGAUUCGCAUUACCAUGAUCAGAGUGAAGGAUUCGAAUGGUUGGGCUACAUGGCAGCCGGGAGCAGAGAGGCGCGGCCCACUGGGACACAGCGCAUGGUGAUCCUGAAUUUGAAUAAAUUCUCCGAUGCGUCUGCUCCGUUUGAAGUCUGUGGUGGUAUCGGUCAGUAUCAAAACCCGAUUAUUACGAUUACUAUCGCUACAUUACCGACGUGGCGAUCUCUACUUGCUCUUCGCAAAAGAAGAAACAACCUGGUCGGAUCUGAUGCAACGCUUCGAAAUGGCCUCCGAUCCCCACGACCCGGCGGGCCUCCGCUGGCUGGAGACACUCAUUCCCGGGCGUAUACUUCGUGUCCACAUUCGGCUCGCUCAUCACAUUCACGUCGACAGUGGGCAUCUUCGGUCUUUAUCGCGCUGAGCUGGCUUUUCUUCACGCUUUCGCUAGCCCUAGCGACGCUGAGUUCUAUGGCGCUCACAUUUCAACGUCACCAUGUUCGCGACGCUUUCGAGCGCGGGUACAAGAGUUGGCGUGGCGGGGCGGGGACCAGGACGGCCGGCGAGAGGGGCGUUGUUUUCGGCAUUGUCGUGCUUGGCUGCGGGAUGUGGUUGAUGCUGCUUGUUUGUUUGGCAUUUGUGUUCUUGAGCUUGAGCGUCGCCAGCUAUUGUUUGGCCGUGGGCUGGAUCAGCUUCGUGGUCAGUGUGGGCAUGAUGGUUGUUGCCGUGCUGUUUUGGGUGUUGAUGAUUCAGAGGGAUUGA